GAAUGCUGAAUUGACAAUCCGUUCUCUGGUGAUUAGUGACGACAGAGGAAUGAAGACGCGCCGACGGACCACCAGCCCCGAGUACAAGUUGUUGUCCAACCAGGAAGUCGGCAAUAGUUCGUUGUCAGAGUCGGAUGCCGCUAGCGAAAGCGACACAGUGCCAUUGACUUAGAGUUUUAGAGGCAGGCUUUUGCAAACCGAGAAUGCCGGUGAGCCAGUUGCCAACCUUCCAUCACAUCCUGGCGGUGGCCGAGAUACACGUGCCGGAUGCGAUGUGUCUCAAUCCCAGUUCUUACUACUGGAAUCCGCCUACCACAACCGUUAGUCGCGACGAGCCACGGCUUUGCAUCUCUUUCACAGUGCAAACGGAAAGGUAUUCAGAAGGGUACCCUACCAAAAUUAGUAUUACGGAGUAUGAGUGCACGUGUCCUACGAUGCUAGAAGUGAUCAUUACUAAAAGAGAAAAAACAAAUUAUCAGUCUAUUAGUCGAGACAUGUCACCGGGGAUGAAGAACUGGCGACUGCCCUCUUUCAGAGUGGACGAGUUGCGCUGUUUCACGGUGCAGCUCAGGGUCUACGCUACGCCGGAAGUGCAAGUGUCGACGCUGGUCUCCAGACUGAACCAGGCCCGGCUGCAGGGAGACCCCCAGUGCGACGCCUCUCUGUGCGUCGAGGGCGAGUGGUUGCCGGCGCACCGCCUGGUGCUGGCCACGCAGAGUCCCGUCUUCGCCAAGAUGUUUGGGGGCGACUUCAAGGAGGCCGGCGACGGCCGCGUCCACUUGAAGGACGUGUCCAAAGGCGCGGCCGAGUUACUCUUGGAGUACAUGUACACCGAUCGUCUGGAGAAGUGCGAGGGCUUGGAGCUGGAGCUGCUGGACUUGGCGGAGCGCUAUUGCAUGAACCAGCUCAAGCAGGAGUGCAGGCUGCUGCUCUGGACAGUGAAUGCGCCGCGCGCCCUGCAAGUGCUGCGAGGACUUCCAAACCCCCACGUCGAUGCAGACACGAAGAAGCGUCUGGUGCGGAUCGUGGUGGACAACUGGAAGGCGACGACUGAAUCGAGCGAGUGGCAGGAAUUCCAAGCGGAGAAUCCUUUGGCGGCCGAGCUUCUGGUGGCCGUCUCUUCCAGCGAGCUGACGGUGUCGCUCAUGCAGCCUGUCUAGUACUGUAGUUGUUUCUGUACAGUGCUUAGUGUUUAUUUCCUUUCCAAUUAUUAUUUCUACGAUUUCUCAGUAUUAGCAUGUCUGCAAGUUCAGUGUUUUGAUCCCAAAUUGAUCGCAUAAAGGUUCAAAUAUAUUCUAAUAAAAUUUGCUUUGAUUAG